AUAUAGGGAGCAGUCACCCCCUAAGAGUAGCAUGGCUCUUAGGCACGUUUUCUGUCACAUCACUCGCCUCCAUGCGGGUGGUAAACAACAAAGAAUUUCAAUGCACGGGCACGACUUUGUUUUAAGAAUAGAACAACCAUUAACUACUCUCUCCCUUCCUUAGCUACUUAUUAUGUAUAUAUAGAAGUAUUGCUAUCUCUGAAAUAAUCCUGAAGGAGUAGCGGUGAUGGGGGCGGCGGUAGCAAGAGUUGGCGGGGUGGAAGUCUUGGUCGAUGCGGGACUCGAACUCCCUAAACAAGACGAUGUGUGUGGUCUCGAGCAGCGGCGGAGUGGACGCUUGGAGGGCUGGCCACCUUUCUCCAAGCCAUGGAGUCGCCCACAGUGGCAGUCCUCCUGACGCUGCUUUGUGGUCUGGCUGUUGUGUGUGGUGAAGAUGAACCUGAUGCUGUCCCUGCCAUCCCACACUCCUCCAGCCCUCCACCAACCAGCACACCAACACCCCCACCCAUCACCACACCAGUCCUGGAGGAAAACACUCGCAUUGUUUCCCUUCACUCCUCUCCUGAUGACCUUCACCUGCUAAAUGCCGUCAGUCAGGUUGAUCAGUGUCACAAGAGGGCUGAAUGUGUUCCGCUAGAGGAGACUACCUGCCUGGGAGUGACUCUGCCCUAUACACACACUUCCCUGGCACUCUCAGGAUUUCCUAACCAGAGAAUGGCCAGGGAGCAGCUGGAGGUGUGGUCUGCUCUCCGCAACAUUCCUCGCUGCUGGGCUGUGGUUCAGCCUCUGCUGUGUGCAGUCUUUUUCCCACAGUGCAACAACAGUUCAGUUGAAUUGCCAUCACAGGAGAUGUGUGUCAUCACUCGUGGUCCGUGCCGUGUGGUUGAGAAAGAAAAAAGAUGGCCUGAGUUUCUCAAGUGCCAUGAAGAAUAUCCACACAAAUGCAAGAACACUGUUAGGGAAUUGAAGUUUAACACAACGGGGCAGUGCACUCCCCCUCUCGUGGCCACAGAAGAGGACUCCUCGUGGUAUGAGGGAGUGAAGGGGUGUGGAGUACAGUGUGCCAAUCCAAUCUUCACUGAUGAGGAACACAAAGAUUUGCACAGCUUUGUAGCCACUCUUGGCGGAGUCUGCCUGGCCUGCUCAAUCUUCACAGUGCUAACAUAUCUGAUUGACUGGCGUGCAGCAAACAAGUAUCCAGUGCUCAUUAUCUUCUACAUCAAUGGCUGCUUCUUGGUAGCCAGCAUUGGGUUCAUGGUUCAAUUUCAUCCGGGGGUUCGUCAGGACCUCACCUGCCGCUCAGAUGGCACUCUGCGGGAAGGUGAACCAAGUUCCGGUGGAAACAUCUCCUGUGUGGUGGUGUUUGUGUGCCUGUACUACUUCAUGAUGGCAGGCGGCUUGUGGAUCAUCAUCUUGGCAUACUCCCUCCACACCAGCUUCAAGUCAUAUGCAGCUGGACUGUGUGGGGAUGAGCUGGAGCGGCGGGCAGCAUACUUCCACCUGGUGUCGUGGUCGCUGCCGCUGGUGCUCACCAUCACCAUCAUGGCACUGGCCCAGGUGGAGGCUGACUCUGUGGCAGGGAUUUGUUUCUUGUCGUCAGCUCUUCCCAUCAGAAUAGUGUUCCUACUGUUGCCAAUUAUUAUUGUUGUUAUAGUUGGAGGAUUUUUCCUUGUCAGGGGCAUGAUAAAACUGAUACACCUCAAGAUGGAGUGUUUCAACAUCAUCAGUGACAGCGCCAACAACAAGAUUGUGGAGACCAUCAUCAGACUGGCCAUCAUCACUGUCACCCUCACCACCUUCACCGGCAUCACUGUGUACUGCCACAUCUACCAGUACAGGAACCAGGCACACUGGGACAAGGCUCUACGGAACUACAUCAUGUGUGUGACCAACAUGACAGCCUCAGCGGAGAUAAGACACGGCACCUCGGUCUGCACCAUCUCAGACCGGCCCAGCAUCAACAUCUACAAGCUGCACCUGCUGGCUUUCUUUGGUGCUGGCAUCAUCAUGUCCUCGUGGUGCUGGACUCCUAACACCAUCCAGGCAUGGAAGCGCUUUCUUAGGAGAGUUGCAGGUGUCUCAAGUGAGGAGCCUCUGCGCCUUGCCCGACACAGAGUCAUAGCUCAGGCCUUUGCCAAGCGCCAUGACUUCAACACUGCUGGUCGACUCUCCAUAAGUCUGCACUCAAUGCAUGAUGAUCCUCUUGGGCUAAACUUUGACAUGAACAGUGCAACUUCUGGUGACAUAUCCUCUGCCUGGGCGACGGCCAUCCCCCACCUCAUGACGCGUCGAGGGGCGCUGGUAGGACCUGCUGCCCUGGCACUGAGGAGGAACUCAGUGGACUCGGAGUACAGUAUUAGCAGGAGAUUCUCCAUUGAGUCGGGACACAACAACCGGAGUUCCAGGAGACAUUCCUUGGACUCACAGAUGUCCUUCCAUGUGUCUGAUGCAGAGAGGCUGGCAGCGCUGCACACGGCCGCCAGGUUUGGUCGCCGCAAGAGGCGGGACUGGUUUAGUCUGAGACGUGGUCGUCGUGUUAAUGCUUGGGACAGGAGAGGCUCAAAUACGUCUGACGACAGCAAUCUUGGCUCCAUGAUUUUGCCAGCAAUAACAAUGAAUACUCAAGACACUCUGUUUACAAACAUGAUGAAGCGCCUCAAUCUGAGCUCUGACGAGCCACUGCGUUCUGAGAGAACCACCCCCUCGGCCCCGCCAGCCCAGUCGCUGAACAUGAAUGUCCCUCUCCCGGGACAGACAACACUAGACUCUGAAGAUGAAGUAGGGAAUGAGAACCAUGCAUUUGGGAAUGACUCUGUCAGUCACACAGUCCUGAACAAUGUUUUGAAGAGUGCUGACAUCAAAAGAAAAGAAGAAAACUACUCUAGAUCAUCUGCAACACUUGAAAAAGGUUUGUUGUCAUCCAUCCACAUGCACAGCAAUGGUAAGCGGGAUGCUGUUGACGUCAGUGUUCAGACUUCCAGUGCAAGUGUUGGUGUGCAGACUUCUUUGCCUAAUGGUAUUGUACAUCCUGUGAUGGUGGAUAAGUGUUGCCAGGUCUCUACACCAUUGUUAGUGAGAGCCAAUGAGGUGGCCCAGCUGAACUCCUCGGGUGAUGACAACAGUAUUCCAGUGAUGAACUUGAGAGGUCAAGAGAACAUAAAGAAAGUAAGUGAAACAAGUUUUUCUAACCGAAGAAGAACGCAUAAUACAGAUCGGCCAGGAACGCCAGUGACUAAAUUAGUGUCAAAGAAAAUGAAUCGUGGUAAAGAAAAAAUGAUUGGAAACAACAGAAACAUCAACCUGAAUCAUGGAUCUUAUAAACAUGCAAGUAAUUUCAAGGCAAAUAGUUCUAAGAAUAAGAUGAAUAGAGGGGAGGCUAAUGAUGUAAUGACAGUGCUGGACAUUGCUGAUGAGAGUCCCUGAAGGAGUCACUGGAUAGAGGAAUUCUUCUUGCUUGUUGAUAUUCAGUCUAGGAAAAAGAUGCUGAAUGAAUGUGUAAAAUAUUUAGGCCAGAGUGCAAAAAUUAUUGGAAUGGCUGUGUUGUAAGUUAAAAGGAAGAUGCUAACUUAUGGGAACUGAGCUCUGCCUCCAUCACUUAGAGAAACUGUCAUGUUUUUAGUGAUUGAGUACAUUUAUGAUUAUUUUCAGUUGGGUAGACAAUGAUUUUAUGUGUCUGGAGCAAAAGGUGUAAUGCUGCGCCCCUCACUACCUGUCUGUACACUGACUGAUGACUAGCAUCUCGCACACUCGUGAUAUCAAAAGAAAAUACUCUCUUAGCUGUAGAUUGCUUUCAUGAAACUAGGGCUUAUCUUUAUUCUGUUUAAAGAAUGGUUUAUCUGUAGGUUUGCUUAAUGUGUGUGAGGAUGUGCAUGAUGAUGGUACCUAUCACUUCAGCAUGAUAUUGAGCUGCAACUGUCAUGAUUGGUAUAGAUUUCUCUCUCAUGCAGAGUGGUAGAGUUAUGUGUGUGACAGAAAGCUUAAUUUUUCAAGAUACUGGCUAUCUUUAAGGAGUGAAUACUAAAGGUGUUGCCCCAAUUUUUCUGAUCCUUGCAUCUAGUCAUAAGGUCUGCAGGAAACCAUUUCUGUAAUGCUUUGCUGCAGCAGAUCAGAAGAAUCAGAUGUAAAGCUCACUGAGGAGUUUCAUUAAGUAAGUGCUUUAUUUUGCUGUAGGAAUGUUUCUUCAUAUUAGUCAAACAAAUUAAAAAGAUUAAGUUUUCAGAGAAAGCAAUAGCUUCAUGAAAAAUACUAUGCACAAAAUUGGUGGGAUUUAUAAUUUUAAUUUAAAAAUACUCCUCUUUUUAUUUGUUUUGGUUCACUCAGACAUACUUCAUAAAUAGGUAAUUUUUUUUAUAGUUUCUACCAUUGUGUGUGUGUAGAAUGAGUGUGAAUGUUGGCAGGUUCAUUGUGUCAGUAGUGAUAAGAGUAGCUUUGUGCAAGUGUUGGUGUGUUGGAAGUAUCCUAGUAGACCUACGUAGUGCUCAGGACAGCAACCCAGGAACAGUACCUUAGAUGUUUGUGCCAAAUACUUUUAUUGUUAAUUAUAUAUUUAAUUAAAUAUUUUCCUUAAGAUUUUGAUACUUAAGUAAUACUACUUAAUUAAUUUAAACCUUAUUUGUCAGAAAUGAUGAAUUUUUAAUCUAAUGUAAAGUAUUAUAAUUUUAUUAUUUAUUAACAAAUGAUAAGGAGUUCAGGUUGUAGUGGAAGAGUAAAGAGUGUGUUAUGAUAAGCUGUGCUUUCCUCUGGUGUUGAUCUCUGCUUUUAAUCUUUGAAAAGAUCUUUUUAAUAUUUGGUAGUCACUUGUGGGAAAGAUAAAUUAUUAAUGUAAUUUACCUUUCUCACAUGUCCACUGGUCAGCCAUUCAUUGAUGUAGCAGAAGGGAACAGGCUGUGCAUGUUACAGGGACCUUCAUAAGCCAGUUACAGCACUACAAGUCUGCUGUAGUGUCAUGAAGCAGCUGAGCACCAAGAUGCAAAGAGGAACACACAGGCAUGGGCUGUAGAACAGUACAAAGUAGGAAAGUAAUUGAAGCACUUUACAUUGGUGAUGCAAUAAGAACUGGACUAGGGGAGAUGGGUGUGGGUGAGUGUUCAGUGGGUCACUUGGUAAAGUUUGUGAGGUAGACCCAAAAAUUGGAUUUACAAGUAAGUGACCCCAGGGAUUUAGGGGCCCUGCUAGAGAUAGCAGUUGAGCAAACUGCUAGGGGUUAAGCAGUACUGACUUGUUGCUCUAUUAUGUAUGGAGUCUUUCAAAGUGUUGGUGAUGACUUUUCAUCUUCAUAAUCCUCUAAGGAAUCUUCCAUUCAGUCAUUUGCAUUGUUAAUUUGCAUGUUUCCCCUUUAAUCUUUCUAUGCUGGCAUAGGAUCAAAACAUAACUUCAUUCAUGUCUUCCAUUAUUUGUCCAUAUACCAUGAUCACAAACGCUUGCAGUGGUUGCUUUGCUCUCAGGAUGGUGAUGUAAGGUCAGUUCUGUGCAUUGGUGGCUCACAGUAUCCCUAACAGGAUGCCUAGUGGACCUGUGUCCUGGCACCUGCUUGUCAGGCUCUUGCUGGAUAAAAGAUCUGCACCAGACUGUCCGUCCCCUUGAUGACGGCAUGAAUGUUGUGUUUAUCUUUAAUUUAUUUAAUUUUGUUUUCCAUUUCUUUACCAAUGUAGAAUUCACAGUUUGAAGUUUCAGUUUCUGUAGAUCAAUUGAUUCUUCUUGACCUUUAAACGUGAAGCAGAUGUUCUGGCUUGUUAUACUGUAUUUUUAUUAUUAUUAUUAUUAUUAUUAUUAUUAUUAUUAUUAUUAUUAUCAUUAUUAUUAUUGGUAGUUGUUUUUGUGAUAGUGUAAGCUAAGUCUGUAAUAUUAUGGCCUCAAUGCAACCAAUAGUACUUACUCAUAAUAUGAUAAA